AUGUUCAGAAAGCCCAAAAGACCAGUUGCUCAGUCCAGACAAAGAAAUGAUGAAGGUGAAGAAGAGAGCCAGGCUGUAUUAGUGAAGGAUGGAUUACGUAAGAAACGGAGGGAGAAUCCAAUGGUCCAAACGACCAAAAAGAAACGUGAAGAGAAAACGAAUUCGUCCUCUGAUAGCGACAGUGACGGUGCAGAUUUCAGUUUAGAACAUGCUUAUAAAGCGGAUUUAACAGCUGCCAAAGAAGGCCCAAGGGAUAUGGGUGCUACCGCUACUUUGGAUAUUGACACAGAACGAGCUUCUGACGCUCAGUCGCAGUUCGAGAGAGUACAGAAACAGCUGAAAGAAGGCUUAGAAAAAGAUGGAAAAAUAUUGUACAAAGGACAAGCUAUGUAUGGCGCAAAAGAAGCCAAAGACACGGUAAAAGGAAACGCAGCAAGUGGCAUGAACAGAAUAGGUCCGGUGAGAGCGCCGUCUUUUUUGAGACAAACUGUUCGAUGGGAUUAUGCUCCCGAUAUUUGUAAAGAUUACAAGGAGACAGGAUAUUGUACUUUUGGAGACUCAUGUAAAUUCUUGCACGAUCGUUCCGACUACAAACACGGUUGGGAAAUCGAACAAGAUUUCGAAGCCGGAACUUUGAACGAUAUCGACAACACAAAUUAUGAGAUUGAAGAGGAGGUAGAAAGGUUGCCUGAGUCAUGUUACAUAUGCACAAAUCCAUUUGUGGAUCCUGUAGUUACCAGGUGUAAGCAUUAUUUCUGUGAAAGCUGUGCUUUGACAUCAUUUCGGCGAACGAAGAAUUGUCGUGUUUGUGGUGAAAAUACUGGCGGUGUUUUCAACGUGGCUAAAAAUAUAAUUGCUCAAAUGAAAGGGAACUUAAAGGCUCGAGAUAAGGACUCUGACGAAGAAGAUGAGGAAACAGAGGAGGAGACUCCAGCAGAGACUGCUGACACCGCUGAGGAUGAGAACCAAGACGAAGGAAUAGCAGAUGAUAACCAGGAAGCAAUGGAAGAUGAGAGCUAUGAUGAAAAUGGCGCUGAGAAUCCUGAAGAUAGUGAAGAUAAGGAUGAUGGUGAUGAUAACCAAACCGAAGAAGAAAUUCAACACGAGCAGGAAAUUGUCUACGAGGACAUAGGCAGUCAGGAAGACAACGAACCCGAAGAAGAUGGAAACGAUGUUGAAGACGAAGAAGAGGAUUGA